AGUUUUAAUGAGCCCAGCCUGGCUCGAGCCCCCACACACCUGAGCACGUGUCCACACCAGCCGACACCUGACCAAACAUUUCGUCGUUGAUAUUUUGCUCUCAAAAAGACUUUAGCCUCUCCCCUAGCCAGGAAGCCAGCCCUUCAGGAUCAUGGACUACUACAGCCCCCAGUCUUCGCGUCGACACAACCCCGUGGACAGCAUCUGCCGCAAACUUCAGACCAUUCAAUGGAGUGGUGAUCGAGAACCAAAUUCCCCUUUCCAGAUUCCUAAACUUUUCUCCAGCAGUUACGACAGUCCUCAGUGUGGCCUCAGGCCCAACCUGGACGGCAUCCUGAAGAGACGAGCCUUCUACGGAGACGAAGCGGAGAGCGUCGACAGAGGAGGAAUGGGGAUGCCGAGCUCUGCAGCUUCCCAGAAGAGCAACCUGAGUCCCUUUGUGCCUUUAUCCACUCCAGCAUGCAGCCCUCCCACCCCAGCUAACGUCACUUACACAGUCACAAGCACUCUAGGAGAAACAAAAGGAGCUGAUAAGAGAGAUUUAAGACAAGUUAACACCUGGCAAAGAUCCUGUUCAACAUCCUCCAUCCAGUCCAAGGGUGCCCCUUAUUUUGCUGUUACCCAAGAACCUCAGUCAGAACCAUCUAAAUGUGACAGAAAGACCCCGUCUUUGUCCUGUACUUUUACUCCUGGUAGCAGCUCCUUCUUCUACAAUGUCAACUUCUGCUCUGCGGACACUGCAGCCGAGCAUGAGCUGCCCCACCCAGCUCUGCUUGUGAAAAGACUAUCCAUGGAUGAUGGAGUUGCUUCUGAAAAAAGAAGAAAUAGGGCAGAAAUCAGUGUCAUCGGUGAAGAGAAUCUGCUGGAUACCAUAUUUUAUGCUUGCGACACUCAACGUAGAGGUAAAGUGUAUGUGUCUCAUAUUGUUGACUACCUACGCCACACCACCAGUCGCACCCCAGAAGACACAGGACUGGAGGAACUUUGCUACAUGCUGGAUCCAGAUCAGAAGGAUGUGUCUAUUGAUUUAGACACCUACCACGCUGUAAUGCGGGAAUGGAUCGACAACUGUCGGAAUAACGGGGGUGAGGAGUGCAGGUCCAUGCUGCUAAACAUGACCUCAGGGAGUUUGGAGGCUUUUGGAGGGGAGGCAUCCAGACCAGAAAUUGAAACAUCAGAGCUGGUUUACUGUGUCACUGACCUUCAGAUGAGCAACCAAAAGCUUCGGGAGGAGGUGAAAAAGCUGAAGCAGGUGGUGGAGAGCAUGGAAGAGGGCAACCAGAAGCUAGCAGAGGAGAAUGAGCAGCUACGCACUCGGGCCAGGGUUAACCAGCUGCUGGCACAGAAGGAGAAGAUGCUAAAGGAGGAGGUGGAAGAGAUGAAGGCAACUUUGACCUGCACAGAAGAAGGCAGAGCUCGCGCCUCUGCACAAAGACAACAUAUGGAGAAAGAAAACCAGAGUCUCAUUGCCAAGAUUGCUUCUCUUCAGGAGGAGAACUUCAGGAUCACUAUGGAAACAGAUGAGCUGCAGAAGAAAAUAAAGGAGCUGCGUGACAUUAACACCAGCCUUCAGGUGCAGGUUGACUCUUUUGAUGCUGUUGUUAAUGAAAAGGAAUCUGUUAUAUUAGAGAAGAUCAGGCAGAUAGAUGAACUGAAGGCAGCAGUAGAGGAAUACUCGGCCAUCACAGAGCUGCUGAGGAAGGACAAGAACAAACUGGAGAACCAGAUGCAGAUGAUUCUCCCUGAGCUGGAUGGUACGGGUCUGUCGUUGUCUUUGGCUUACAGAAUAAACCAGAGCAGCACAGGAUGUCUGCACACUGAACUGGCUCUGGCACAGUCACCACUGGAGGUCGCCCAGGGACCAGACACGGCCUCACCACUGGACGAGACGCUAGACAAAGAGCUGCUGUUGAUGCUGCAGGGCCCUCUGCCUGACCACAUGUCUCUGGAGUUCAAAAGUCUCCUAAACAACCUGAAAAGUGAUUUAAUAGAAGAAACCAGCUCUGCCUUAUCAGCUGUCAGAGACGUGUUGGACCACCGCACAGAGGCAGAGACAAACACAGAUUCCUGUCUCCAGAGAGUUCAGGCCAAGCUGGACUCGAGGAGAGCUGACUGGGUCGUCAGCCUGGACCAGCUGGCCCAGUACACGGACUCUUUAGAGAAGGAGCUGAUCAAAAUGGCCGGCAACAUGAGGAGAUCCCGCACGGAGAUCCUACACCUGUCAGUCAGGGUGCAGGAGCAGGAGAACCAGAAAAGACAGCUGUGUGAGGAGCUUGAGCAGCUAAAGACGUCUCAGGACAGCAGAGAGACCUCAUGCCAGAUGUCUGCACCAGAAGAGGAGCCUGGGGUUGACCUGGACUGGGAAGAGGAGAUCGCUCUUCAGGACUUCUUAAAGAAUGAAGUAGAGAGAAACUGCUGGGCCCAGGAGGGGCAGAGAGACUGUAAGUCAGAGGAAAAGAGCCAUAAUGUAACAGCUAAAGGAGAAGAGGAGGAUGGGAAGAAGUGGACGGUGGUGGACACAGCAGGAGAAGUGAGAGACAUGUCUACUCCUCUUUCCACUGUCUCUGUGGAGAUUCAGCUUGUGCAGAACUCUGUGAAAGAGGAUCAAGACAAUGCUGCCUUUGCAGAAUCAGACCCAGAACUCAACUCUCAGGCUUUGCAGGAAGAGGCGGCAGUACCAGCGAGCGCCCACUCACAAGCUGUCAGCAUAAAGCACCCAGAGGCGGAUGCCCUCCCUGAUAGGUCCUGCUCAGAAAACAACACAGGUGGGGAGGUUAGUGAGACAGCGGAGUUUUGCGUCAGUCCUGAAACAACUCUGACGCCAGCGCCUGGACACGACCAAACCAGAACACCUGCUGACCCUCCUGCAGCAGCUAGUAUGGUUUCUUCCAGUGGCAACUCGCCUAAGCCAGAGAAGACUCAAACCCAGAGCAUCCAGCCGCCCUGUGAGAAUUACAGCAGAGGAAACGAGAAAGACGUUGAAGCGGAUUCAAGCGCAGCAGAGAUGAGCCCACAUAAGAUCCAAAUGCGGGACCAGACUGCAGAUAAGCCAGCUGCUGAGGACAGCACCAGCCUGUUGCCUGUGCUGGUGGAGGAAGAAGAGAGCGUACCGGACAUUACAGCUGAUCCUCCAACAGUUUCAGUCAGCCUGACAGGGACAAACCAGUUCACCAGCAGUGGGCCAAACGCCUUUUCAGAGAGGAGCGUUGCUCAGUCAGGAUCAUCCAUCAUGCCCAACAGCCAAUCAGGGAGCGGAAUGAGCAACACAACCUCUGAUCCCAUCUGUCCAGAGCUUAGCGCGGACAAGACCGACCCCUCUCUUAGCAAAAACACAAAAACACAGGACCUGAUGCGCAACAUGGAGCCCAGAGCUCAGGAUGAAACCAGCGAGAUCAGCGUGGCUUCCAGGAGGGAAUCGGAGACUUCUGUGAUUUCUGACAAUGAAGAUGUCUUCAGAGAAGACAGGAUCAGUUUGUCACCCAGUGACAAGGAGAUAGAGACGGAGUUCCAGCGUCUGGCUCUUGGGUUUAAAUGUGAUAUGUUCACUCUGGAGAAGAGGCUCCGCCUGGAGGAGAGGUCACGUGACCUGGCUGAGGAAAACGUACGCAGGGAAGUGUCCAGCUGCCAGGGCCUGCUGCAGGCUUUGAUUCCUCUGUGUGAUGAUGAUAGCCAGUCCAUGGAGAUCAUCCAGAGGCUCCAGAAGAACCUGAAUAUUCUUAUCCAGUCCAUGACCAGGGUGUCCAGUCGCUCGGAAAUGUUGGGAGCUAUUCACCAGGAGAAUCGCAUUGGUAAAGCAGUGGAGGUGAUGAUCCAGCAUGUGGAGAACCUGAGGAGGACCUACACUAAGGAGCAUUCUGAGCUGCUGGAGCUCAGAGAGGCGCUCAUGCAGAGCGAGAGGUCCUUUGGAUCGGAAAAAGAUGGCAAAAAUUCAAGAAUGCCAUACAAGCAAUCAACCAGGCGAGUCAGCAUAGCAGCAUUUCCCCGUGCAGGUGGCGGCAACAUGCAGUUUGAUAUGACCAAAACACAGGAUGUCUCAGAAGCUGAAGCAGAGAGGCUGACCAGGCGAUCCCCCUGGAGUGUGGCGGGGAAGAGCAUGAUGCGUCCCCCACUAAAACGGUUUGUUAGCUCUGCGGCCUGGGUUGACACUGAAGAGCCCUCUGUCACCAUGAAGGGGCCAACCGGCACCAACUCAGACGGCCAGUCGGAGGACGAGCAGAAGGAGGAUGCACAGGCAGAGAGAAGGAGGUCCAGUCUCAGUGAGCUGGGCAGCAAACUCACCUCUCUCAUUCUGCCGCUGAAGACUCCUAGUCCUUUAUCCACGCCGCCAUCCACAGAUCCAGGACCGUCUCCGUCUCUGCCCCACAGCCAGGCCAGUUCUCGAGCAGCUGCUGCUGCAGUAGCCAGAGGAGGCAGGGGGAUCUGGAUGUGGUUGGCCAUGGUGAUGAUGUUAGUAGGUCUGUUGGCUCUUCUGGCCAGCCUGGUGAUGCAGCCAGCAGUGGACGCUGCUCCGGUGGGGACAGGAGACUCCUGGGUGACCAUCCAGCAGCUGCUGUGGCCUUACACGGGGCUCCGGCACAACGGACAACCCCCAGUCUAACCCAAGUCCAGCAAGAGGAUGCUCCUAUGGCCCAACGGUUCUUUGCAGAUGGCGUUUAUGUGCACUGGAGAUGAACGCAUCACUCUUGACUCUGAGCAAAGGCUGAUGGGAUAAUUACUGGUGCCUAAAUAUUUCCAAAACAGGACUUGUCUUCGUUUCCAGAACAAGGCUGGUGGACAGGCUGUGGUGACUAGCUUGUGCAGAACUCAAAAUGUUGUUGGUGCUGGUAACUGUCCACAAGCCCUCACUACGGGUUUUACAUCAUGCCAAGUUAGUUGAUACAACACUGACCAAUUAUGUCACAUGGAUUAGGGUAAUUCAGAGCCACUUUGACAGAACCACAUGUGCUGGAGGAGGAAGGACUCUGAGAUUUUAACAGUUUUACAUUUAUUGUUGCUUUCACAGGAAAUGCAAAACAACUCAAUUAUAUCUAAAGAAAGAACACUUUUAAUAUCCUUAUUUUAUGUGUUCGCAUAUGAAUUUUACGAGAUUAUUAGUUCAGAGUGUUUAUUCUUAAGCCACAGUCCCAGUUUGGACACAUCCGAAUGGGAAUGUGUCUAAAUUCUUGGCUGGUAUUUUAUUUCUACUUGUUACAGUUUUAACACCAAAGUUUUUUUUUCUGUGGUUCUCACAGUUUUGUACUUGCAUACACUUUUUGUAUGUUCCAAAGAAGAUGCGUGGAUCUUUGCACAAAUAAAGUAGCCUAUUCUACAACAGA